GUUUUUGUGGGUGCCAGAAACAGGGGGGUGCCAGGAAGUGGGUAUGUUGACUUAUUCAGGGGCGACACGUGGAAGGCCUUGAUUGAAGAAAUUGAAAGGCUGGAUGCUCAGUGCCGAGCCAUCGCGGAACUUAUUACCCAUGACAAAAUCCUCGCCUUUAUCGAGUCGCCCUCUCAAAAGACUGAACGAGCUAUCGUUAUGUUUAAUCUUCCAAAACCCGUCUCGAAUGAUCUACUCAGAAGAAGGACAAAGCUUUUGAACAGGCUUUACACCUGCCCCUAUCGUGAUCGCAAAGACAUCAAUCCCGAGAGGGCUCCAGGGACCUGCGAAUGGUUCGCCGAGCAUGAAUAUUUCCGCGAUUGGAAAGCCGCAUCAGAAUCCAGGAUGUUGUGGGUUUCGGCUGAUCCUGGCGCUGGAAAGUCGGUGCUUGCAAAGUACUUGGUAGAUGAUGUCUGUCCAAGCACACCAGAUCGAACAACAAGCUACUUCUUUUUCAAAGACGGCUUUAACGACCAGAGAAGUGCUUCAGCUGCUAUGUGCGCAAUACUGCGACAGGUCUUGGAACAGAAUAGCGAGUUGAUGGACGAAAGCACCAUGGCCAAGUUUGAGGCGGAUGGUGAUUAUUUGCUCAACUCAUUCUCAAGACUUUUCGACAUCCUGCUUGAGGCCGCUACAAAAGUCGAAACCGAAGUCAUCUGUCUGUUCGAUGCUCUCGAUGAAUGCAAUGAAGAAGACUGCCGCCAAGUGACAUCGACUCUGGCCAAAUUUUACAAGAACCCCCCGGACCACAGUCGUCUUAAAUUCAUCAUCACGUCUAGACCGUACACCAGAAUACAACGCAGCUUACAACCACUUGAGAAUUCUCUACCAACUAUUCAUCUAAGAGGCGACGAUGAGUCUAAUACAGAACGUAUUUCCGGUGAGAUUGGCAUCGUCAUCCGUCAUAGGCUACAGGAUAUCGCCCAGAUCCAACUUCUUGAAGCAAAAGAGAUCAGUUUGCUUGAGGAAAGCUUAUUGACUUGGCAACAUCGAACAUACUUAUGGGUCAAACUAGCGAUCGAUUUCAUCGAAAGUCGCUUGGAGUCCCCUACAGAAGAGAAUGUCAAGACCAUCUUCAGCAGCAUACCAGAGAAGCUGGACGGGCUAUAUGAAAAGAUUCUUGAACAAAGUGCAAACAAGGAAAGAGCUCGAAAGGCUUUUCACAUCAUUUUUGGGGCCUACAGGCCUCUGAGUCUGUCCGAAAUGUCAGGAGCGCUCUGCGUCGAAAGUCAUCACCAGAAUACCUCUCAAACAUGUCAAGAGCCCAUCAAGAGAUUCCCGUCAUACCUGAGAGAAAUUUGCGGCUUAUUCGUAACUAUUGUAGACGGGAACGUCUACCUGCUUCAUGAAACUGCAAGAGAGUUCUUAGCCUACAGAACUGGACGCGAAGCUCUCCAAUCAACUUGGCUACACUCGAUUAAGCCCAAAGAGUCGCAUUUCAUCAUGGCCAAAGCUUGCGUUUGGUAUCUCCUCUUGGAGGAUCUGAACUCUCCAGAUGCGCACAUGUCCGCCUUUAGAGAGUAUGCCCUCAUUCACUGGUCCCGUCACGUUGGGGAAUGCGAGGAGGAGCAUUUCUGCGGCAUUGAUUCUUUUGGAAAUAACAUGGUAUCUCUGUGUAAGACUAUAGCAAGCAACGACAUGACGAAGAGGAGGUGGAUGUGGCGCCUGAGCCAUGCGAGGCACACGAAUGGAGAAGAACGCUACUGGGUCAGAAAGCAUAGAAUGGCUUUAGAAAUGUACAGAGAUCUUGACGACUUGAGCCCCUUGACCUUUGCUACACAAUUCGGUCUUAAGUUGGCAGUCUCGAAACUACUACUAGAAGACCCUCGCAGUGGUUAUAAGGUUUGCGCGAGUGGCAGAACAGCACUUUGGUGGGCAGCUUGCUAUGGGCACACAGACAUCAUUCGUCUUCUUCUCAGCAAAUAUACCGACUCUGAAUACGCGGGAAUCGCCCUGAAUUGGCGGCAAGAAGGAGAUACACCUUUGGUAGUUGCGAUUCGAAAGAGACACAAAGCUGCAGUGGCUGCUCUGCUUCGAGAUCCCAGGACUAGCUUUGCCGCUCCCUGUGGCACCAUGCCGAAAUGGAAACCGGUGCACUAUGCAGCCAAUGACGAAGAUUUAUUCCAACUACUACUUGCAGACCAACGCACCUUUUCCGACUUCACUGAUGAAGAUCAACACAUUCUACUGGAAAAAGUGUUUGAGUCCGGCAGCGUGGAAAGGUUCAAGUCUUUACUGCACGAUGGCCGCUUUGAAAACGGAUUUUGCUCAGCAGACCCGCAAGAUGGGCGAACUUUGUUCUGCAAGCUUGCGGAUCUCAGUUCGAACACUGGCUACGGUGUGUCUGGUGCAGUUUGCGUUGACAUGAUGAGACUUCUUCUCGAGACUUAUCGAAUCGAUGUCGCGAAGCCUGACCAUAAAAACAGAUCUCCCGUGUCUUGGGCAGCAGGCAAUCGGAGUGAUACGACAGUCCUGUCCUAUCUCUUAUUUGAACUGCACCUCGAACCUGACGAUCUUGAUGACCAAGAUCGAAGUCCAUUAUCGUACAGCGCAGAGUUGAAGGGUUUCAAAGCAGUUGAGAAGAUGAAGGUCUUAUUUCAAACAAACAGAGUCAACGUCAAUUCUGUGGACAGCCAUGGUCGAACCCCUCUCAUGAUAGCAGCAGAUAUCAGCCACCUCGAUUCUCGGAAAUACUGCAGUGCAUACCAUACCGGUAACAAGGCCGCAUUCUUUUUACUAAAUCACGAAGCGGAUAUCAAUAUUCGAGACAACCGAGGAAGAACUGUCUUGACAUACGCUACGGGCGGUAACGCGCUCGGACUUGUGAAAGACUUGAUCAAGCGUGGAGCAGCAGUAAACUUGAAAGAUAUCGAUGGUCGUACAGCGCUGUCCUUUGCGGCGCAGUUUGCGAGCCCAGAAGUGGUCGCCGUGUUGCUGAACGCAGAAAACGAGAGACUUGAUGUGUUUGGCUCCGGCACCUGA